UACUCGGUACUCCAGAGUCCAGUCAGUCGGCCGCGAGAGCAUGUGAAAGCCGCGCGUCCGUCGAUGGCUCGCCGCGAUUUCUCCUCACAGACACGACUAAACUCAAAAUGCAGUGAUGCCCCAACAUUGUAUGCUCGGAUUUCCUCGGAAAACUCACGGACGAAAGGAAAAUACAGUGCGAUCGGAUUUUUCACAAAGUGCAGUGUAAUUUAUAUUUAAUUAUUGAGAUUUCGUGAGCCGCGGCACGAAGGUGAAACUUUUAUUUUAUUUAAAGACUGCACGAUGGAGACAGUCUGCGGCGGUGGAGAGGCGACAUGCAGGGCCCAGGCGCUGUCGGCGCUGCUACACGCCUUCAACCUGUACUGCGCGCUCAUAUCCGCCGCGCUCAUCUGCUGCUGCGCUUCCAAACAUACAGGGGAGCCCCACAGAUGGCGCGGUCAGAACACGCGUGGCAUGGCAACCCUGGUGGUUGGAGUGGCGUGGCUUUGCGGCGCGGCAGGGGGCUGCCUGCGACCCCCCCACACGGUGCAGCUGGUGGGCGCGCUACUCGCCCCCCUGUCGUGGCUGGCCGCCGCCGUUCUCCACGUGGCCAUUUGGACCCGCAGUCUUACGGCCCCCAUACUCUACCUGGCCAUAUACUGGCUCCUCGCCUCCGCCUCUUCGGCUUCCAUCGUUUACUACUACGCGAUGAAAUCGACGAUGCCGCUUGAAGUGUAUGUCCAUGGGGUGGCAUCGACGCUGGCGCUCAUUGUAUCUGUUGUAGAUUUCAUCUGCUUCUUCGAUGAGAUAAGAAAGCGCACAUUCCCGAAAUCUUCACCAGAAUCCAAAAAUGAAUCUUAUAAAUAUAACGAUACACAUUUCUAUUCCAAAAUAACGUUCUUCUGGUUGAAUUCUUUGCUGUACAGAGGGUACGAAACUCCACUUGAGAAAGCUGACUUGGGUUCGACGCCUGAAAAUGAAAAAUCUAAGAAUUUUUACAACAAAUUCAAAUACGUAUUCAAUAGUCAAAAGGCAACCAAAGAUGACAAAAAACCCUCGAUGUGGCGUUGUUUCGCACGAAUAGUUUGGCCCAACUUUUACGUGGCGGGGAUUUUGAAACUUUUGGGUGACAUAGCUGGUAUCAUCCCAGCGGUGGGCCUCGGCGCCAUCAUACAUUAUAUAGAAGUCGGUAAUGCGACGUAUGAUUCUAAUGAGGAUGUAACUAUAACAGAGUUCCUGGGAAACGGUUAUGUGGUUUUGCUUGUGAUAACUUUAUCAUUGGUUCUCCAAGCGCUGCUGUCACAGAAUACGACGCACUUGGUCACUGUUGAAGGAACGAGAUUAAAAAUCGCAAUACAGAGCAUGGUGUACGACAAAUGCAUGAAAUUGGCAGCGUGGUCACCAGACGGGGAACCGAGUGAGGCGUCACCUCUACUUCCCAACCACGAAAACGACGCCACGUCUCAGUCGGGCCUCCUCAUGAACCUAAUGUCACAGGACACAUACAACAUCAUGUCUGCUGUUUGGAUAUCCCAUUACAUUUGGGCGACACCGCUUAAAGUAACUUUCAUACUAUAUUUUCUAUAUAGAAAGCUGGGUGUCAGCGCGUUGAUAGGAACGCUCGCUAGUCUCAUUCUCAUGAUGCCAAUACAAUUGUACAUCGGAAAGAAGAUGUCGGACAACUCCAAAGGAAUAUCCAAAUGCACAGAUCACAGGAUAUCGAAGAUAUCCGAAAUACUACAAGGAAUAAACGUUAUAAAAUUAUACGUGUGGGAGGAUCUUUUCAAUGAAAAAAUAUUGCAAUUAAGAGAAGUAGAGCUCCAACUUCUUAACAAGGAAUCCGUGUACUCAGGAUUUCUAACAUUUACGACACAGAUUUCGACGGUGCUGGUGGCGGUGACCACAUUCCUGGUGCACUCAUAUCUGGACAGCACCGUGAGCCUGACCGCGGUCAACGUGUUCGCGGCCCUCGCCCUCUUCAACCACCUCACCAUCUCCUUCCUCGUCCUACCAGUCACCGUCGUCAUGAUGAUCCAAGCCGUGGUCAGCACGAAGCGAAUCAGAGAUUUCCUGGAACUGCCGGAAGCACACAAUGUCCCAGAGGAAAAUGUAGACGAAUGCAAAAAGAAAGAUGAAUUUAGAAGAGAUAAGUUCAACGAGGCAUUCGUCGACUUUAGUCCCGAUGAUAAUCCUCUUUCAGAAAAAUAUGAGUCAUUACUCGACUUCCAAGACACGUCUUCGGACGCGGAUGAUAUUGAGUUUACUCUAGGACAGGAGUAUCUAGUCAGACUUAAAAAUGCGGCAUUUUCAUGGAGGAUGAAAGAGAACUUUUGGGUGGAAAUCGAUGAUUUGGAUAUACCAGCAGGUAAGCUUAUAAUGGUCGUCGGUUCGUCAGGCUCAGGAAAGUCGUCCUUAUUGUCUGCAAUACUGGGAGAGAUGUAUAAAGAAAGAGGAGAUGUAGAUUACAACAAAAAGUGUACCAUGUGGUACUCAAGUCAGACACCCUGGCUUCUGGAAAGAUCGAUCAAAGACAACAUCCUCAUGGAUAGCGCUUGGUGUGCGCGUAGGUACACGCGUGUAGUGCGGGCAACUGGACUGCGGCCGGAUCUACAACUAUUACCAGACGGAGACAGCACCCAACUCGGUUGUCACGGGACGCCUCUCUCGGGCGGUCAGCGAGUACGGGUAUGCGUGGCUCGGGCGCUGUACUCGCGCGCUCGUCUGUUGGUGCUCGACGAGCCGUUAGCCGCGCUCGACGCGCCGCUCGCCAGGCAGCUCGUAGCUCGGGCACUACUGCCUGCUGCCCGGUCCGGCCGCACUGUGCUGCUGGCCACCAACAGACUGGAACUGUUGCAUUACGCCGAUUUGGUCAUAGGCAUGGAAGAUGGACGAGUUACCGGUUUCGGGAAAGCGAACAAUUUGUCUGAUGGCAUACUCAGUGAGUGGGCCAAGUUGGCUGCGGAGGCGCGAAGUGCAGCAGCGCGGUGUGGAGCUGGCCCGCCGGGCGGCGCUGCCAGGGAGCGCUCACAGCUCGUCAGAACCAUCAGCCGCAUCAAACUGGAGAGGGAAAUUUCAGAGGACUCUAUUUACGUUCCUCAACCACUGGAAAUACGUGAUGUAGCCGGCGUAUAUUUGCUGUCUGAAGUGCCCUGCAUCGGCGGGAGUUGGCGUAGACCAAAGAAUUUAAGCCGCGUCGACUUCUCAAGGCAAAUUUCGUCGCCGGCAACAACCAUUCAGCGAUCUAAGUGGGGGCGAGACAUUCGUCGGGCCGUGAGCGCAGAUGCGUCAGCUAAACCGGAGGCAGGGCUGGUUCAGAGAAUCCUACAUCCACGCUCAUUUGGUACUUUACCUAGAUGGACACAGAGAUCACUACGCCGCUUAUUAAGUUCAGAUUCAAAUUCGAACGACAACGAUGUCGGUCCAGUUGAAAACGGUAUACCGGCCGAAGCCAGCGACGUAACAUUCACCUCGAUCACUGCGAACGGGGUCGAGACCACGGUCGUGCCCAUUCCAGGCGACCCCAGCGUGCCCACACAACCUGUUCUCACUCGGUCCAGUAUAUGGUGCUCAUACGGGCGCAUUUGUGGCUGGUAUGGAGGUCUGUUCGCGGUGCUGGCGGUCGCCGCGCGCGCGCUCGCCGUCGCCUCCGACUACUGGCUCGCGAGGCUCACUGCUGAGAAUGCGCAGGAGACCCUCUCUAAUGACAAGACGUUCAACAUGGUGUUGGUGUACGCGUGCUGGUGCGCGGGCGGUGCGGCGGCAGCGGCAGGCGCGGGCGCGGCGGGGGCGGCGGCGGGGGCGGCAGCUAGGCGGGUGCUGCACGAGCGUCUACUCCGCGCCACGCUGCACGCACCGCUACAUCGACACGCGCUGCCUGCCGCCGCGUUACACCGGUUCUCAGCUGACGUACAAGUUCUUGACAGGAAACUUCCAACAGCAAUGAACCGAUGGACACAGCUGCUCCUGCUGUGUGUCGCAGCUCUCCUCAUCAACGUGAUAACGACGCCAUGGUCGCUGAUCGCUCUGCUGCCGGCAGUCUUCUUCUAUGUUGCUCUACAAGCUGUCUACUUGAGGAAUGCCAGAGAGUUACACCACUUGGAGGCGAGUGCGGCGUCGCACGCGGUGUCGCUCGCGGCGCAGACGUUCGCGGGCGCGGGAGCGGUGCGCGCCGGGCGACUGCAGCAGCGACUGCGCGACAGCUUCCAGCGACACCUCGACGACACACACAACACACUGCUCGCGCUCAAUUCCGCGAACCGCUGGCUGGGACUUACUAUGGACCUAGUGGGCGCCGGCUGCGUGUUCGUGUCGCUAGCGACGGCACUGUGCAGCGGCAGUGCUGGCGCAGUGACGGGUCUGGCGGGCGCGUAUACGCUCCUGCUGCCCGUGUACCUCUCGCACUUGGCCAAGUGUCGGGCCGACCUCGACCUGCAGCUGUCGGCUGUGGAGCGAGUGGUCGCCGACACUGCGGUGCCGCAGGAAGAUUAUAAGGAUGACUGUCCAAUUCCGUCGGGUUGGCAAAGAAAUGGUAGAAUUGAAUUUGAAGACGUCAGCGUACAUCAUGAGCCAUCAACUACGUCUAUACUAAAGAAUAUCAACCUCAAAAUUGAACCAGGGGAAAAAAUGGCGAUAUGCGGCCGUAGCGGUAGUGGGAAGUCGACGCUACUGCUGACGUGCGUGGGCGGAACGACCGUACAGAGCGGGCGCGUGCUCAUCGACGGACAGGACAUCACCAGGGUCCCGCUGCGGGUGCUGAGACACCGCGUCGUCGUUAUGCCGCAGGAGAAUAUCAUAUUCUCGGGAACGCUGAGAGAGAAUUUAGACCCGCUUGGCGUGCAUACGGACGAAGAAAUUUGGCAGAGCCUGAAAGCCGUCGGGUUAUAUGACUUUGUUCACGCGCAACCGGCUGGCUUAGAGUGCGUGGUGUGCGGUUGGCGCGGCGGCGGGUGCGCGGGGCGGGUGGCGCGGGUGUGCGGCGCGCGCGCGGCGCUACACGCCCGCUCGGCCGCCGCGCUGCUAUUGGACGAGCCCGCUGCGCCACUCGACGCGCACGCAGAACGCUCGCUGCUGCACGCGCUAGCUGACAUUGCGCCUAACACCACGGUUAUUACGGUCACGCACCGCGUGUCAUCGAUCCGCGGCUACGACACGGCGGCAGUACUAGACGAGGGGCGGUUGGCGGAGCGGGGGGCGGUGCGCGAAUUGCUGGCCACGCCCACCUCGCGACUCACGCGCAUGUUAGCCGCCGUGCACGGCCCGGGAUAGACGAAAAUAUGCCUCCUAGACAAUAUUCACACUUAAGCUAAUCGCACAUAUUUAGUCAGCACCGUACGCGCCGUAUGCGCCGAACGCGUCAAACGCACCGCAUGCGACGCGUACGGUGCGAGGCUUCAUUUCAUACCACGAAUACUAAAAUGCUGCGCGUUCGUGCUGAUAAAUGUGCGAUCACCUGUAACAAUAAAGUGGGUAUCGUAUUUACAGACAGUAUCUCUGUUUGCUACGUAGAAAUGACACUUACUACCGCACUCAGAGUUCCAACAUUAUUUACUUAAUUGAAAUUAAUUCAAAAUU